CUGGUUACACCUGAUUUCUCAGGUAGCCGAGUCUCGAGCGUUUAGUCUCGAGCGAUGGACAUCACGCGCUGCAGCAGCAGAGCGCUCUGAGGUGAAACUCACGACAAACAGCGACUUCAUAAAGUCCAUAAACAACGCAAGAUGAAUGAAAAUGAAGUUGAGGAAGGUGCAGUGGCCCUGAUGCCAAAACGAGAUCUGAGCUGGAUUCCAAAAUUAUUGAAGAAGAGAGUGUGCACGACAUUUGUGGAGGACUCUUUCAGCAAUGGCGGUCGGUGUCAGUGUGGGGCCACGCGGGACUCCCAUCCUUCAGUGGCCUUGGGCGAUUACUUCAGCACGGCCAUCGUCAGUCACUGGGAUAGCACACAGCACUCCUCCGAGCAGCCCACAGAUGCCUAUGGAGAGCUGGAGUUUGCUGGGGCCGGCAAGAGACACAGCUAUUCAGAGGAGGAGGAGCCGGGAGCGUGGAUCAUAACCUCAGGGCUGAGGGAAGGCAUCGGCAAGUGUGUAGGAGAGGCAGUGAGAGAUCACUCCACCGCAGUGUCUUCUGUCAAUUUAAAUAAAGUGGUUCCUAUAGGCAUUGCUCCUUGGGGAAUGGUACAUAAUCGCCUGCAGCUCGUUGACCCUGAGGGAAGUUUCCCCGCUAAGUAUUUGGUCCAAAACGCUCCACGAGGCACCUGCUCUCUGGAUAAUAACUACAAGGCUUUCCUUCUGGUGGACGAUGGGACAGAAGGACGUAAAGGUGGGGAGGUCGGUUUCAGAGGCCGCCUGGAGGAUUACAUUUCACGUCAGCGCCCAGGCAGUGCAAGCAUUGACAUUCCUGUUCUGAAUAUGCUGAUAUCUGGACAGGUUUCCAUGGUGGAGGCAUUAGAAAUCUCUCUGAAGAAUUCAAUGCCCUGGUUGGUCCUGGCUGGUUCGGGUGGGCUUGCUAAUCUUGUGAGCGACAUUGUGGAGAAUGUGCAAUCUGCUCCGAUGUCUGCGUUUGGAGGAGCAGAGGAGGAGGAAGGGUCUUCCAACAUGGAGCUUAGAGAACGAAUAACCAUGAAAAUAAAGAAACACUUUCCUUCAGAGCAAGACAUGGACAAGCUUGUUGAUAAGGUUUUAAGCAUCUACCAGAACAAAGACCUCAUCUCCAUUUAUCACACAGAAGGAGUGGAUGAUUUUGACACUGUGAUGCUCAAAGUGCUUGUUCAAGCGAGUAAACAGCGGGUUUCGGUGUCUACUAACCCCUAUGUUGAUGAGUUGAAGCUGGCUGUAACCUGGAACAGAGUGGACAUUGCCAAGAGUGAACUGUUCAGUGGAAACAUCGACUGGAAGUAUGAAGAUCUUGAAGUAUCCAUGACUGAUGCCCUGGAGAACGAUAAACCCCAGUUUGUGCGUCUCUUCAUUGUCAACGGUCUAAACAUUAUGAACUACCUGACUUACGGCCGACUGGAGGGUCUUUACAACUCCAUCUCUAAAACCUCCCAGGCCGCCAUGCUGCUGCAGCAUCUUCUGGAAGAGCGCAUAAACGAGUCCAAUGAUCAGACGUGCCAUGUCAGCCUUUAUGAGUGUGGUGAGGCGGUUCUGACGGCUCUGGGAGGAUGCAAAAUACUGAGGGAGCUGUCUAAACUGGAGAUUGAGACAGCCGCUAAGCUCUCCAUGAAGGAGUUGGCCACAAAGUUUGAGUGUAUGGCUCAUGAUGUGUUUAGCACGUGCUACCAAACCAAAGCAAGUUAUUCCGACAAGCUGCUGAUCCGCAAGUCUAAUCUGUGGGGUGACGCCACCUGUCUGAAGAUGGCCAUGGCCACUGAUGCCCGUUAUUUCUUCAGCAAUGAUGGAGUACAGUCCCUGCUGUCUAAGAUAUGGUGGGGUGACAUGGAAAGAGGAACAGAGCUCUGGAAACUCGCGCUGACGAUGAUCAUUCCUCCUCUCGUCUACACCAACCUCAUCGAUUUCAAGUCAGAAAACAGUGAAGGCGAUCACGAGGACUCAAAUAACAUCAGGCGACCAACAAAAGGUACUGCUACAAAUUCCCAACCCAAGAAGCGCCCGUUUUGGCUUUCCCGCUGGACGCAGUUCUGGUACGCCCCUGUCACUUCAUUCAUCGGCAAUGUUGUGACGUACUUCCUCUUCCUGUUUCUAUACGCCUACGUGCUCUUGGUCGACUUCAAGCCACCUCCGCCUGAAGGCCCUGCCGUUUCUGAGUAUCUGCUGUAUUUCUGGGUGUUCACGAUCGUCUGCGAGGAGAUUCGAGAGACAUUCAUUGUGGGCAGUAAGACGUUUUGUCAGAGGUUGAUGCUGUAUAUUCAGGAUGUUUGGAAUAAGUUUGAUGUUCUUGCCAUCUCCCUCUUUAUCGCUGGAUUGUGCUGCAGGAUGUUCAGUUGGUCGUACAACACGGGACGCGAUAUACUGUGUAUGGACUACAUGGUCUUCACGCUCCGACUCAUCCACAUUUUUGCCAUUCACAGACAGUUGGGUCCCAAAAUCAUCAUACUUGGCAAAAUGAUAAAGGAUGCAUUCUUCUUCUUAUUCUUCCUGGGGGUGUGGCUGAGUGCGUAUGGAGUGGCCAAUCAAGCUCUAUUAUACCAAUACGACCCAAGCCCUGAAAGAGCGUUUCGACGAGUCUUGUACAGACCAUAUUUGCAUAUAUUUGGACAGAUUCCUGUGGAAGAAAUAGACCCUGGCAAGUAUUGGGAUAGAGACUGUACAGAUAAUCUGACACUGAUUAAUGAAGGGAAAGAGCCAUGUAGAGACACCAGCCACAACUGGCUUGUGGUCAUUUUGCUGGUCAUAUUCCUACUAGUCACCAACAUCCUACUAGUCAACCUGCUCAUCGCCACAUUCAGCUACACCUUCUCUAAGGUUCAGGAGCACAGCGACACAUACUGGAAGUUUCAGCGGUAUAAUCUGAUAGUGGAGUAUCAUUCCCGUCCUACUCUCGCUCCACCCUUCAUCAUCCUAUCCCACAUCAACCUCUUAAUCAAAAGAAACCUACGCAAAGUGCCAUCCACCAAAAUCCACCGAUUUGCACUGCAGUUGAAGGGUAGAGAUGCUAACAAGCUGGUGAAAUGGGAGACCUUCCAGAAGGAGAACUUUCUGGCUCUCGAGAGCAAAAAACGAAGAGGGACUGACUCUGAGAGGCUAAAGCGCAUGACUGCUAAGUGA